AUGUCUCAGUGGGUCCCCCUGCGUAUUCGGGCGGAGAGCCUGCUGCCCGGCCAGCGCGUGUCCGUGCGUGGCAAGUCCGACCGCGUCGUCACCGUCCUCCGCUCGCCCGACGGCGAGCUGCACGCGAUUGACGCGUACUGCUUCCACCACGGCGCGCACCUCGGCGGCGGCGACCUGACGGGGGAGGCGCUCGAAGCGGUGGGGGGGCUGACGGGCGGGAAGGAGGGCGGGCGGUGCGUCUCGCGCGGUGUCAAGCAGCGGAGGCACGACGUCUCGAUUGACGCCGACGGCAACCUCGUGCUCCGGCUGCGCAGCGACGGCCCCGCCCUUGCGUCCGAUCAGUACAACCGGAGAGCGGAGCCCGAAACCGCGGGAUCUCCGGGCGCCGCUGCGGGCGGGCUCGGCUUCCAGGCGCGCAAGCGCAGGGCGACCCAGGCAAGCGCAUUUGCAGCUGCAGCCCCGGGCGGCGCCGCUGGGCGAGUGCCCCUCCCCGCCCCCUCCGCGGCGCUGCGGCAGCAGACGCUCACGGGCAUGUUUCAGACGAGGGAGGCGCGCUCCGAUGAGAUGGAGGGCGCGAGAGCGGGCGAGGCGUGGGUAUCUAUAGAUAGGACCUUUGCCUUUUUCUAA